UCCAACUUAAUCAAACAAACCCAAUUCAAUUAUUUCAAAACCACCUUAUUUUGAUAUACAGCCUAGCCAUGGAUAACAACCUUGAGCAGCACCAAAAACCAAAAAAAAUGGAGGUAAUAGUGUUGCCUUAUCAUGGUCAAGGUCACGUAAACACCAUGCUUCAAUUCGCCAAACGUUUAGCUUGGAAAAGCAAUGGUUUAAUCCACAUAACUCUUUUAAUAACAUCACACAACAUGAACAAAUUAAGUAUUUCUGGUACAAAAAUGGAUGAAUUUAUAAGCACAGAGAUAAUCUAUGAUAAUACUCACGAUACCCAACUCGAUUUCAUGACCCAAAUGAAAAACUUCGAAACCCAAGCAACCCAUAACUUGACCCGUAUUUUUUCAAGUAGUGCAACCCCAAGUUUGUUGGUGUAUGAUGCUAAUCUUCCAUGGGCUUUGGAUAUUGCUAAGAAAUAUGGGAUAAUGACGGCUGCAUUUUUUACUCAAGCUGGUGCUUAUGUGGCGUCCUUUUAUCCAAUGUUUUUGGAAGAGUAUAAGGAUGAUGUUGAUCAUCCUGUCAUUGCGGCUGCUAAUCAGAAUCGUUUGGAUAAUUUGUCUGUAAAGAUGCUGACAAUGGAGGAACUUAUAAGAGGAAUAACCCCUAUUCCUGAUUCUGGUACUGGCAAUAAAUUAUUUCCUCCAUUUAUUCGGAUGCUGCUUUCUCAUAUGAAGAAUAUACAUCUUGCUGAUUGGGUUCUUUUCAAUUCUUUUGAUCAUCUUGAGGAUGAGGUUUUUAGGUGGAUGUCAAAUAUAUGGCCAGUGAAGACUAUUGGACCCACAAUACCAUCUGCAUACCUUGACAAGCGUGUUGAGUAUGAUAUUGACUAUGGGUUUAAUCAGUACAAGGUGAAUAAUGAAUCUUUUAUGAACUGGUUAAAUGCCCAACAAGUUGCCUCGGUUGUGUAUGUUUCAUUUGGUAGUGCUGCUAGGUUAAGCAUAAAGCAGAUUGUAGAAAUAGCGGAGGCCUUAAAGCAGAUCCCAAACAAGUUCUUGUGGAUAGUUAGAGAAACUGAGCAGAACAAACUCCCUAACGGUUUCAUCGGUGAAACAUCAGAUAAAGGUUUGGUGUUGUCAUGGUGCCCUCAGUUAGAUGUCUUGGCACAUGAAGCAAUUGGAUGUUUCAUCACUCAUUGUGGUUGGAAUUCGACAAUUGAGGCACUAAGCUUUGGGGUUCCAAUGUUGACAAUGUCGCAAUUCUUAGACCAAAUAGUUGAUGCUCAAUAUGUUGAUCAAGUUUGGGGUGUUGGAAUUAAACCCAAGGAAAAAGAAAACAGUUUAGUUACUCAAGAUGAAAUCAAGCAGUGCCUCGAGAAAAUCAUGAACGGACAAAGAGCAGGGAAAAUCAAAGAGAACGCGAAAAAGUGGAAAGCCUUAGCUAUAGAGGCAGUGGACGCAGGUGGCAGUUCAGAUAAGAACAUUGAUGAAAUCAUUGGUCGACUUGCAUCCUUAUAAUCCUAUAUUUAUGCAGUAUUGAGUGUUGGAGUGUCAUGUCACUGAUUGUACCGUUUUAGUGAAUUUAAUUCUCUUUUUAAAAUAUUCAGGUUAUUUUCAAAUAAUAGUAUAAAUUUCCAAGCAAUGUAAAGUUGGAAAGCUCGUCAAUGGUUGUAACUUGUCCAAGUAAACUAUUUUUUCUAUGUAAAAGUGUUUGUUUUAUUGAAAUUUAGUUUUGAAGGAGGAUGCAUCUUGGU